AUGGUCGACACCUCUGCCGCGAUCCGAAGGGGUCACCCCAUCAUCUUCAUCCUCUUCACGGCGCUCAGCUUCAUCACCGCCGUGAUUGCCUCGACACUCGUCAGCGACUACAACUCGAACAACAACGCGCCCAGCGACGGCGUCAACGGCGCCGUCCGCUUCCUCGUCUUCUGCGGCUGGUGGGGCUUCCUCUUUGGCAUCCUCUUUACCGUCUUCUUCCUCACGGGCAAGGGCGGCAUCCUCACCUCGAUCGCUGGCCAUGGCAUCUGGAUCUUCCUCACCUGGCUCUUCUUCGUCGCCGGCGCCGGUGCUCUCACCAACAACGUCGACGGCAGCUGCGGCAACCGCGGCCCCUCGUUCCCCUACUGCAACUCGGUCAAGGCGCUCGAGGCCUUCUCGUGGAUGGCGUGGAUCAUCCUCACCCUCAUGCUCGGCAUCGUCGCCUUUGUCGGCGCCGGCUCGUUCCGCGGCGGCAGGUCGGUCAAGGAGGGCCUCGCCUAA